GUUGCGCGUGUUAACACAGCAGCCAAAAUUCAUAACGGCGGAUGAAGGUGGAUUCUAAACACCUGAGAAAAUAGGAAAAAACAUCCAACAUGGGCAAGUUUAGUUUGCUACUCAUUGUGGCUCUCGCUUACCAAGCCAAUCUCGUCUCUUGCCGCAUCUACCAAACCAUCGACGCCAUCAUCGUUGAAGCCGAUGAAGUUCCUGAUCGUGUAGUGCGAUCGGCCGUCUACAACAAUGAAGAAACAGAUUUGGAAGCCGUGUAUCAAUACCCUCCGCCCGAGCAGCUGGCUGUGUCCAGCAACACUUGGCUGGAAGGACGGUCUUGCUGGACUGUAGAUGGCAUCUUAGGUACCUGUGGCUCUAUCCAGGAUUGCUAUCCAAACAUUAGAUUGCACGGAUCGAGCAUAGCUGAGAAAUGGAUCAUAGACGCGCGAGGUAGUUGCAGCUACUCUAAAACUAAUGGCAAACAGUUUUAUGGGCUGUGUUGCGCAAGGCAAACCACAACGACCAAUACGACGGUAGCGAUAUCGACGAUCCCAGUUGUUGACGUUGAUCCGAUCACCGGUUUGCCCGUCGGAACGUUCCCGUGGUGGGAAUAUUUCCCUUUCAAUCCGUUGACGACAACGACCACACCGAAACCUACGACGACGACAACGCCAACAACACCGCCCACCAAAGCGCCGUACUCUGACAUUGCGUUGCUUUGCGGUACGGAUGGCAUUCCAACUGUUCCGAUCGAUCCGCUCACUGGUCAACCGGAUCCUACUUUCCCUUGGUGGUUGUGCUUUCCUUAUUGGCAGAAGACUACGACGACUUCAACGACAACGACCACCACAACAACAACGACCACUCGACCUACCACGACAACAACGACUCCAACUACGACAACAACUCCCACCACAACUACGACUCCCACCACAACCACAACGCCCACCACAACCACAACGCCCACUACAACAACAACUCCGACGACUACAACAACAACUCCGACUACUACAACUACACCUACCACAACAACAAAUCCUACAACCACAACGACUCCAACUACAACAACUACUACUGAACCCACCACCACAACUACAGAGCCAACCACCACAACCACUGAACCGACUACAACCACCACCGAACCAACCACCACAACCACUGAACCGACAACGACCACCACCCAACCAACCACGACUACCACCCAACCAACCACGACUACCACUGAACCAACCACGACUACCACCGAACCAACCACGACAACCACCGUGCCACCAACAACUACAGCAGAACUUCCUGUCACCGAGCCGCCUACAACAACCGCUGUACCCACAACGACAGAGGCUACCACUACGACUAGCGAGCCCACUACCACGGAACCCAUGACCACCACGACUGAACCCCCUACCACUACGAUGGAACCCACCACUACAACAACGGAGGCUAUCACGACAACUACAGAGGCUGCCAUCACUGCAAUGCCUGUCAUAACAACAGCUAUUCCAACAACAAUCAGCGAACCCCCACCAACUAAGACCGCAGUCCCUACCACGACAACAGCUAAACCGGCGGUAUCGAUCAACGCAGAGGGUUGCGGCGUUGGACCUUACAGAUCGGGAUCGUAUGACGAGCAAGAACGCAUCAUCGGUGGCACGGAUGCCAUCAAGAAUUCGUGGCCGUUUGCUGUGGCUAUUUUCAAUAAUGGGAAGCAGUUCUGUGGUGGCUCGCUCAUCGAUACCCUUCACAUUUUAACAGCGGCCCAUUGUGUGGCUCAUUUGUCUUCGUGGGACAUUCCUCGAUUGGAAGUUAUGCUGGGAAUGCACGUCUUGAAGCCCAGCAUUGAUCCCCAGGCGUUGAGGAAGAAAGUCAAACGAGUGACCCGCCACAAAGGAUUCGAUUCAACGAAGAUGUAUAAUGAUAUCGCAAUCAUCACGCUGAUCUCGCCUGUGACGUACGGACCGACCAUCUCGCCCAUCUGUCUGCCCACCACGACGUUCUCUACGACGUACGCCGGAAAGGAUGCCGUCGUUGUUGGAUGGGGUUCACUCAAAGAAGGUGGCACCCAGCCAAAUGUUUUGCAGCAAGUGACCGUUCGGAUCAAAUCGAACGCCCAAUGCAAAAAGGACUAUGGAACAGACGCACCGGGAGGCAUCGCUAAUCACAUGCUCUGUGCUGGAACAGCUGGCAAAGACGCGUGCAGUGGUGAUAGCGGAGGUCCGCUAGUCGUUCAGGCGGCUCGUGGCGCUCCCUGGGUCCAGGCCGGCAUCGUCAGUUGGGGAAUCGGAUGCGGCCAAGCCCAAUAUCCAGGAGUUUACACACGAACGGCUUCUUUCAUGAACUGGAUCAGAACGAAUGCGCAGUUUGAAGACGAGGAAGUGAGACGUGCCUCUAUUAUACAGCCCUGGAGCAAACUUUUCUAAAUCCACAUCAGCAUGUUCCAUCAGUAUUUAACAGUUCCCCUUAAUUUAUUUCUCUCUACUGGCUAAAU